AUGCCACCGCUGAUCCAAGAGGGUAAGCUCACCUCGACCAUAUACUCUAUCAUCCGGGACCAGGAGUGGGAUCAGGCAAUUGAGAUCCUGAAGGACCAGUUGGCCCAGCACCCAGGCAAUAGAGCAGCUCUGUCGCUUCUGGCCUUCUGCAACUAUUCUGCUGGGAACUACGAAGAUGCAGUCAGCCUUUACCAAGAGCUCUGCCAGCGCCAUCCAACAUCUGAGCGCUACCAGCUUGCUCUAGCUAAUGCCCGCCUCAAAGCUGGGAUGGUUCAAGAGGCCUUAACCAUUAAGGACGACUCACACAACGCCAUGGUCAUCAAGGCGUAUGCAAAACAUGAGCUGGACGAUAGCCUCGGGCUGGCUACCCUCAUCGACGCACUCACAAAGCGCCCAACAGAUGACCCAUGUGUUUUUUGCCUCAAAGGGAACGCCCUGCUAAAGGCUGAGAAAUAUACCGAGGCUAUAGAGCAAUACAAUGCAGCGCUUGCAAUCAAACCAGACCCUAGAAUAUAUUUUGCUAAGGCUCUUGCGUGCUAUCGAGAAAACAACUUCCCCCUCUGUCUUCGUACGCUAAAUGAGCUAGUAAGCUUAUCCGCCAAGUUAUAUCCCGACCUUGCUGAUGCAGCCAAUCGGUUUGCUGCCACUGACGAGGUUGCAAGAGCCACAAUGAUGAGCUAUCAGGCACGCCCCAACGAGGUCCUGGCAUCAUCCCUCAUUGAGGCGUUUAAUCUCAAGUCAGCAGUAGCGUGGAUCCUUGGAGAUAAAGAGGCACAUCUCAAUGCACUGGACUCUAUGCCUCCGCGCAAUCUGGAGGAUCUAGACCCCGUCACACUGCACAAUAGAGCUCUGGCAGAAAUGGAGAAAGAUCCCAAUGCUACCACUGAGAAGCUUCAAUGGUUGAUCACCCAGCCGCCCUUUCCGGUUGAGGCGUUCUCUAACCUUAUUACAAUCUACAUACAGUAUGGGUUGUUUGACCUUGCUGCAGAUCUCAUCGCGGGCAACAGACAACUUGCAGUCUCAUCACUCGACCCGGAUAAGCUUUCCUUCUUUGAAGCUGUAGUGAGUUGUGCCACCUCACCUGAGGAGAGCUAUAUUAAGCUUGACACAUUGAAAACGCGCUAUGCAGCGGCCAUUCGGCGAAUCAAGAAUGAGAUAAUUGAGCUGAGAGGUAAUGCAGACCAGAAAGAAGCCAAGUUGUCACUGGGUGGAUUCACAAGUGCCCGCCUCACAGAGAUGUCUCCCGAAGAGAUGCAGUACAACACUCUUACUCAACAAUUUGAUCAGAAGUUUGGGCUUUUCGUCCCAAUGGUCUGCUGGCAAUGUGGCAUCCUCUAUGAGAUGGGCCGCUAUACGGCAGCAAGCUCAGUAUUAAAGGCACAGGAAGACCUAAUACAUAUGGACCCCACUUAUUAUCUCAACACAGCGCAUAUCUCCUUCGCUGCAGAAGAGUAUGGCAAGGCAACAGAGGAAUACAAGCUUGUCGUCGAUGCAACACCCCCCUCCGAUAUUCUUUCCAUUUCAGCCGUGGCACUUGCUAAUCUAUGCGUGGGGCUUAUUCUUAUCAAUUUAAACAAAGAAGCAGAGACGUUAAUGCACAUUGUGGACGUCGCCGAGAAGGAGAGGUUGGAGCAGACAGAGGGGAUGGACGUGCAUCCACCCUUACACCUUUGCGUGAUCAACUUAGUGAUAGGGACACUCUACACCGUCCGUGGAAACAUAAACUUCGGCAUAAAUAGAAUAAUUAAGGGACUCGAACCCGUGUCCAAGCGUUUGAGUCCAGACACAUGGCUAUACAGCAAGCGCCCUCUUCUAGCGCUGGCAGAGGCAUCCGCGAUGUCAAUGGGCGGGCCUCCAGACGAAGCCCUCAUAGACAGAGUCAUUUUCUUCUUGGAUGAAGUGAUUGUUUAUGGAAAGGAGAUGGCCACUAUAGGAUCCCAGGCAUACAUUGGAUUUGUAAAGCACACCACGAUCGCUGAAGAGGCGCGCAGCCUCAAGGCUCUGUUUUUACAGUUCUAUUGA